CCCCAUAGUGGGUACGUGCCAUGGUAUAGGAAGCAAGCAAGCAAGCAAGUGUGGCACUCUAUCGCGUGGCGCUUGAGGCAUCAUCGGAAGAAGAGUCUAACAGCUGGCCACGACAGUACCAGGCACCAACAGGCAAGUGAGCAAGCAAGGCACCACUGGUACGGGAAAGUAUGUCGGUGGUCGGCCCGUUGAAGUCGCUGAACGACCUCAUCCGCUUCAAACGACCGCCGCUUUGUGCUGUGGAGCCGCUGAGAGAUAUAGAGCGGGGCAAACCGGGACGCCCGAAAAUCCUCUUCUGUCACGACAUGGACAGCUACCUGGAAGACAAGUAUCUUUACGGCAGCACCAAGAAGGACAGCUACAGGUUCCACCACUGGCAAAUUAUUGACACCUUUGUAUAUUAUUCGCACCACAUGGUCACCAUCCCUCCUCCUUGCUGGAUCACAGCUGCGCACAAGCAUGGAGUGAAAGCACUAGGAACUUUUACUCUGGAAUCGGAAGAAGGAAGAAAUGCUUUCAAGAAGAUCAAGGGUGGCAACCAAGUUGAUACAAUCGCCUCUCAGCUGGCCCUGAUUGCUGCUCUGUCCCGUUUUGAUGGAUGGCUUGUCCGCAUCGCAACGAGAAUGGAUGGCAGCGUUGGCCGCUUUGUCAACGAGCUGCUUUCGGCCAUAACCAAAGAGACGCACCGUUCUGUGCCUGGCUCCGUCGUCAUCUGGCACGACAGCAUUCUGCCCAAUGGAACGGUUGAGCCGCAGAAUGAACUGAACGACAGAAACCAAUGUUUCUUCAGCCUGUGUGAUGGAAUCCUCCUUAACUACCAAUGGGAUGAGAGGCUGCUUCACAACUCUGCCGACAAGGCAGGUGAACGCAAGGGAGACGUCUAUGUCGGCAUCGACGUCUUCGCACGGGACACGUGCUACGAUGGUGGCUAUGACAUGCACAAGGCAGUUGCGAUUGUUCGCGGCUAUGGGUUGUCAGCUGCCAUAUUUGGCGCCGGCUGGGUCUAUGAGGUACAGGACAAGAGGAGGUUCACGGAGAACCAGUGCCUGUUGUGGGCCCUACCGGAGGAAUGCAGCUCGGAGUGGCGGGCCAAGACACUACCCCUGUCCAGCACAUUCUGCCAGGGAUUCGGCACGAAACAGUACAAGCAAGGGCAGUCCGUCGUGCCAGCACCGUGGUUCAACCUGUCCAAGCAAGAAGUCCAGCCCCGAGACCAGGGAACGAGGCUCUGUGGGGGCGGGGGGUCAGCCGUGGUGCACACGAUGGACGCGUACACAGGCGGUGGCUGCCUCCGUUUGGAGUACGACCCGAAACAGGCGCCAAGUUCCAGGGUCAUCCCUUACUUCAGGUUGUUUGGCUGCGACGUGCCACUGGACCCUCUGUGCGUCAGCUACACGUACAAGACGCCGACUGGCUGUGACGUGCCACUGUACCCUCUGUGCGUCAGCUACACGUACAAGACGCCGAGCUGUCUAGCAGGGCACGACAUCAACCUGAUUUUGAAAGUCAGGGAUGCGACAGGCAAGAGAGAAGAGUUGUCCCUGGGUUCAGUCAUCACCGUGCCUCAGGGAGGCAACUACAUUGCACGGCGUGAUAUCGCCAACAACUCGCAAGGUGACCCGGGUAGCUCUGCAACCCUUUGGUUGACAAGGAAAUACCAUGUCAAGGACGCUACGGGCUCUGCGGUUCUUGAGGAGAUUGGAAUCUCCUUCAACUCCCACGAGCAGAACACUUUUCUCCUGGGUGAGGUUGUCGUGAAGCGGCCAGACGGCGCAGCCAGCAGCGAAGCGAAGGACUCUGAUGCAGAAGCACCAAGUGAUGAGGACAGUGCAGGCAGACCAGAGACGGAAGAGAAACUGCACGAGUGGCUAGCGAAAAGAGCCGCGGCAAAUGCCGGACAAGCAGACGACCCAGUUGCUUUCGACAUCUCGAUGUCGAGCGACGAAAGUGACUAGUGAAAGCGGGAAGCAACGUGCCAUCAAGGUUAACGCCCAACGAUAUAAGAAGUGAGGGCAGCCCCGGCCGCAUGCAGUAGCCAGCUGCAAUAAAUUUCUAUCUGUGUAGGUUGCUCUUAGUAGUCUGCCUCAAUAAAGCUGGCAAGACGCACA